CUAGUGUUCUGGAGUCAGCAGCCUAUCAAGGAGGCAGUAACAGCGUUUCACUCUUCUGUUUCUUGUUUUCCUCGUGUAGCAGCUCUGUACAGGUGACCAGAUAUUUUUAUUACGAUUUGUUGUAAAUGUUUGGAAGUGAAGAACAUCUAACUAAAGAAGUUACGGCUGUGAAAGAUCGAACUUUUUUGGAAGAAAUGGAUUCAGUUCGCUCAUGGGUGCGGAAUGUCGGUGUUGUGGAUGCAAACAUAGCAGCACAGAGUGGAGUAGCACUAUCUCGUGCCCACUUCGAGAAACAGCCCCCCUCCAACCUGCGUAAGUCCAACUUCUUCCAUUUUGUGUUGGCCCUCUAUGACCGACAUGGACAACCAGUGGAAAUAGAGAGGACAGCCUUCAUUGAUUUUGUGGAGCAUGAGAAGGAACAGACAGGAGAAAAGACCAACAAUGGCACCCAUUACAAACUUCAGCUCCUCUAUAGUAAUGGGGUGCGAACUGAACAAGACCUUUAUGCUCGUCUCAUUGACUCUGUCACCAAACAGCCCAUAUCAUAUGAAGGCCAAAAUAAGAAUCCAGAGAUGUGUCGUGUCCUGCUCACUCAUGAGGUCAUGUGCAGCCGCUGUUGUGAGAAAAAGAGCUGUGGCAAUCGAAAUGAGACACCAUCGGACCCAGUCAUCAUUGACAGAUUUUUCUUGAAGUUUUUCCUCAAGUGUAACCAAAAUUGUCUGAAGACAGCAGGGAACCCAAGAGACAUGAGAAGGUUCCAGGUGGUUCUCUCAAGCACUGUCAGCGUGGAUGGACAUGUCCUUGCUGUAUCCGAUAACAUGUUUGUCCACAACAACUCCAAGCAUGGCCGUCGAGCACGUAGACUGGAACCAGGCGAGACACUGGAGAACACCAUGGAAUAUGCAACCCCUUGUAUCAAAGCCAUCAGUCCCAGUGAAGGCUGGACCACAGGAGGAGCUAUGGUUAUCAUAAUUGGCGAGAACUUCUUCGAUGGCUUGCAAGUCGUGUUUGGGAGCAUGGUUGUAUGGAGUGAGUUAAUAACCCCCCAUGCGAUCCGAGUUCAAACACCACCAAGACACAUUCCAGGGGUUGUGGAAGUUACACUGUCCUAUAAAUCAAAGCAGUUCUGCAAGGGAGCACCAGGACGUUUCAUUUAUACAGCACUGAAUGAGCCAACAAUAGACUAUGGCUUCCAAAGGCUUCAGAAGGUCAUUCCUAGACAUCCUGGAGACCCUGAUAAACUGGCAAAGGAGAUGUUACUGAAGAGAGCAGCAGACCUAGUGGAGGCAGUCUAUGGAAAUGCCCACAGUAAUCAGGACAUUCUGCUGAAAAGGGCAGCAGACAUUGCAGAGGCUCUGUACAGUGUACCACGGCCCCACAGCCAGCUACAAGCUCUGCCCAGCUCCCCAGUGCAUGGCAGUGUCAUGGGGCUGAGCUCCUACCCCUCCCAGCUGGGAGUGAGCAUCGGAGAACCUGGACAAUCUAGUGGCCAAGGCUACAUGCGUAAUUCCACCAGUUUAUCUCCACGGGGCUACCCGUCGGCUUCUACACCUCAGCAGUCCAGUUACGGGUCAGGAGGAGGGAUGAGUGGAGGGUAUGGGGCGGUGCCCAUGAGCAGUCUGGGUGUUCCUGGGUCCCCUGGCUUCAGCAGUGCCUCUCCAAACAGCUCUCCUUAUGGUAUUAUGCCAUCUAGUCCCACUAUACCAGGAUCCAGCUCCACAUCCUCUCUUCUGCCCUUCUCAUCCUUUCCUUCUACUGCCAAGCAGAAGAGUGCUUUUGCUCCUGUACUGAGACCCCAAGGUUCACCUUCACCUGCCUGUCCAACCUCAGGAGGCAACAGCUUCAGAGCAAUGACAGGUCUUGUAGUUCCACCAAUGUAAAGCCCUUGCCAGUCAAGACCUUCACAACCAGCUGAUGUUCUUCUGAGACUAGUGAUGUCUCUACCUCCUAAUGACUUGCACCAUAUACUUAUCAACAUUCCAUGCAAAGCUCCUACAAGUGGCGACAGAAUGAUCUAAAUUAUAAAUGAUAGCCAGCAGUGGGAUGUGCCACUGGAGAUGACAAGUGAUGAAGACAAUGUUUUGUGAAUGUGACAAGUGGUUGAAAAGAAAGAUUUGAGAAGCUUCCGUCAGGUUGCCAGAAGUGUGAUUUCACCUAAAAAGGCUUCCUCUUAGAAGUAGGCACAAAAGAGCACAUUUUGUUGUAAAUUCUUCUUAGCUCCGAGCGGCUUCACCAGUCCGUCAGUCAUUCAAAGCUGUUGUUCUAUGCAUCAGCAAACUCCGGGUCAUAUGCUCAAUGGAUUCUCAUCACACUUGAAAAAACAGGGUGCUAGCAAAUCCCUGAGAGGACUGUUCAAAGCUUUUCUGAGGUUUUUGCAGAGACCAAACCUUGUUCACAAAGACAUUUUACAAUGAUUAUAAUGAAACAUUCCAUUUAUAGGCAUGGAAAAUUGUAUUUUAUUUCUUAGCUCCAAAAUAAGGGAAAUUUUACUUUGUACCUCCCAGGGUUGUGAACUGAUGACCUCAUAUAUUGUCUUAUUUAAUGAAAAAUGCUAUAUAAGUUAUUGUUUUUAGUUUAAGUAAUAAUAUAAA